ACAAAUUUUAUGUUUGUAAAAUGUUAGGUUAGACAUGUUAAAGUUGCACGUUGAUUUUGUUUAGUAUUGAAAUAUUUUACAACUCAUUAAUUAAAAUUGCAAAUAAAUUAAACAAAAUGACUAAUACCGAAGAGUUACUUUACGAAUUUUUAUUAAUACCAAGAACAUAUGAAGAGGAAACUGAAAAAUUAGAAGCCGAAACCAAAAACUUUAACCAAUUGUUAACUUGUAAUGAAAACUGGAAUAAUUUUUUCGAACAUUCAUUCGAUAAUACCCAAAUAAAAACAUUUUUUAAUAAUAUAGACGAAGAAGAAAAACAGAAUUAUUUCAAAUUCGGUUUAGCGUGUAUUACCUAUUUCGUACAAGGUAAUUUUACAGGACCGAAUCUGCCCAAAGAAAUCGAUAAUUAUUUUAAUUCCCACAAAUUCGAAACGUCUAAAUUUUCAAAGUUAUUAUCGGUUAACAACGAAGACAUUAAUAUUAAUACAAAAUAUCCUGUUUUACUAGUAACAGCAAAAUUAAUUUUUGAGCAUUGUGUUAUUAAUGAAACAGUUAACGAUUGGUGGAAUUGGAGAGUUAUUUGGGUACAUCAACAAAUUUUGGAAGACUUAAGCCCUUCUUUACUUUCCGAAGCUGAUAGAUUAUAUAAACAAUUCCACAUCAAUCCCGAAUUAAAUAAAUAUAUAAAAUCCGCGUUAGAUGUCGAAGUGGCUCAACUAUAUCUCACUUUUAGACAAAUUUCAAGAGCUAAAGAACACAUUUUAAUGGCUCUGGAAAUGUUAGGAAUCCGAUACGACCUAUUAGGCGCCCUUGGUAAAAGAACACGAUAUCAAGAAAAAGAAUUAGCACAGUUAGCUUUAAAAGUAACUGUUGAAGAAGAAAGGGAAGAAGAUGAGACCAUAAAUAUAGAAGAAAACGAUCUUCCAAAAGAUAUUCCAAUAGGAGACGACGUUCUUUUAAAUUCAAUCGAUUUUUUAGAAGAUUUAGGUAUAAAAAGUAAAUUAGGACGUUUGGAACAAAAACUUUUUGUUACUAUUGUUAGUGAUAUGAUAAUAUCUAAACCGCAAGAUGGAUUACAGAAAGAACAAAUGAUGCCUUUUAUAGAUCUUGUACUAAGUCAAAAAAACACGUUUACCAUUAAAAUAGCCUGUUUAUUGAUGAGAUGUAAAUUAGAAACUAAAAAUAGUAAAAUUUUAGAACGGGCAUUAAAACAAAGCGAAGAAAUAUUACAAUGUUUAAAUAAAGAAAAACCUUCACCUUUAUCAAGAAUAAUCGACGCUUUUGGAACCGGUAUGCCUCCAAUAUGGAAAAUCGAAAUGCAAUAUGCUAAUAUUUUGAUAAGUUUGGGGUUGGUGAGGAGCGCUUUGAUUACUUAUACGAAAUUGAAGCUUUGGGAAGAAGUAAUAAUUUGUUACACCUUUUUACAACUAAAACAUAAAGCCGCCGAAGUUAUACAAGAACAAAUUGAUCAAAAUCCAACCCCAAAACUAUUUUGUUUAUUAGGAGACGCUACUGAUGACGUAUCCUGUUACGAGAAGGCUUGGGAAUUAUCAAAACGACGCAGCCAUAGAGCGCAACGUCAUUGGGGGAAGUAUCUUUUCUCCCAUAAAAAAUAUGAAGAAUGCAUCCCCCAUUUUGAAAAAGCCUUGAGUAUCAACCCUCUGCACCCUCCGACGUGGUUCAGAUUAGGCUACGCGGCUCUUAAAAUAGAAAAUUGGCAAACGGCAGCGACCGCUUACAGGCGGUACACGUGCUUCGAACCGGAAUGUUUCAUAGCGUGGAAUAACCUAGCGCAAGCGUGCAUAAAAAUUGGUAACAAAAGGGGCGCCCAUCAGGCGAUUCUGGAAGCACUGAAAUGCAACUACGAUAAUUGGAAAGUUUGGGAAAAUUUGUUGGUGAUCAGUUGCGAUAUUUCGAAUUUUUCUGAAGUCAUCAGGGCUUACCACAGAUUAUUGGAUCUCCAAGAAAAAUAUUUGAACGUCGAAGUGUUGAACGUUUUGGUUUAUAACGUUUGUAACGAUAUAAACGAUUCCGAGGGUCAGACGGCGCAUCGGUUCUUACAGAAAACUAGGGAAUUAUUGGGGAGGGUUACUUCCUUGUACCCCACCGAAGGGUAUAUUUGGGAGCUUUAUGCUAACUUGUCCCCGUCGAUUCUUCUCAAAGCUCAACGGUUGCAGCGAGCUUAUAGGGGGUACACUCAAGGUUCCUGGGAUAAGAAUCCUACGACGUGUCAACAAGUUUUGUAUGUUUGCGUUAAGUUGGCGGAAAUUGUGUUGGAUGACGAUAUAGAUCCUCGAGAUACUAUUGUUAAUUCUGUUAAGUUGAAUCUGAGUUCUGCUAUUACGGCUGUUAAGAAGCAGGAUUUUGAGGAGACGCGCGAUUUGGUGGGACAAGUUUCGGUGCAUUUGGAUAAAAUCGUUCAAAAAUUGAAAAACGACGGUGCUAAAAGUAACAGUUAGGUUUCAAACGUUUCAUUUUUUUAAUAAAAAUAGAAAAA